AAGAAAUAAAUGGAAGAUGUAAAGCUCAGCCCCAAGCUCAUCUCAAAUUGUAUCUCCAACAACUGCUCUCCCUCGUGGGAACUGUUUUUGGUUGGGGAGAAAUUCGAAGAGAUGAAAAAGUCUAUUUUUUUUUCUCACGAUGUUACUUACUGACUUGCUACUUAAUACCAAAGGCAGAUUGGUUCUUUUUUACUUUUUUUUCCCUUAUUUUGAACGAGAUUAUUUGAAAGCGUAGAAAAUUUUCUGACGUUAUUAUUGUUCCCAUCUGCGUCUCGUCUGCACUGCGAGUGAGCGAUUGUUAAAUCUUGUUUUAUUUUUACAUUCGGGAUUGCUGUGUGGAUGAAGAAAGAGUUUAUGGGGCUUAGUUGCAAUCAAGCAUGAUUAUCGUACUUAACCUGCGUUCUCUCGCCAUAUCUUCGCUCAAUAGGUCAGGGAUCGCAAUUUGUUGGGAUGGGCAAGGAUCUAUAUGAUGCCUAUCCGGUGGCGCGUCAGGUCGUGGAUGAGGCAGAUGAAGCUCUCCAGGGCACACUGAAGCAUGUCAUGUUUGAAGGCUCACAGGAAGAUUUGACCAGAACAGAAAAUGCACAACCUGCCAUUCUUACCACAUCAAUUGCUAUGCUAAGAGUCUUGGAGAGUGAACGUGGAUUCAAGGUUGAAGAAUCAUGCAAAUAUGCUCUGGGUCACUCAUUGGGUGAAUAUUCUGCACUCGUCGCAACAAAGGCCGUGGGUCUCCAGGAUGCUGUUAAACUUGUCAGGCUCCGCGGCGAAGCAAUGACAGAAGCAGUGACCAACAAAGCAACAGCAAUGUCAGCACUAGUUGUGCGACCUGGAAAGUUGGAAGCGCUUGUAAAGGCUGUUGAUGAAAUCAAGGCGACACUACCAGGUGGUGAAUUGGCUGAGAUUGCCAACGUUAACAGCUCAUUUCAAGUUGUGAUCAGCGGCACAGUCCGAGGGGUCGACCAUGCAUCAAGAGUUCUUCAAGCACAAAAGAUUGCAGCACGCGCUGUAGAUCUUCCUGUCUCAGCACCCUUUCAUUGUAGUCUAAUGCAGUCUGCAGCAGAUGCAAUGAAAGAGGCACUCAAAGAUAUUCAAUUCAAAAAGCCAACUAUCGAUGUGAUUUCAAAUGUUACAGCAAGACCUAUCACAAAGAUUGAGGAUAUCUCAGAUUUGCUUGUGCGACAGGUUACGGGAGCUGUUCAAUGGCACACAAGUAUCGGAUACUUGCGAGACCAACAAAAUGUGCAUGACUAUAUUUCAUUUGGUCCCGGCAAGGUGUUGGCCAAUUUGCUACGAAAAGAAUACCCGCUAGAUUUUGUGAAAACGGUCACGACCGCCGAGGACAUCCAACAGUGGACGUUGUAAAAUAAUCCCGCCGUGUACAUUUCAACCUUCUUUGAACCUCUUUGCAAAAAAAAAAAUCCGUUUUCUUUUUUUUUUCCCCUAUAUUUGUAUCAUGCCUCACACCCUCCCCAAUCUGCUAUAGAUUGUGAAACGAAAUUGCUCACCUGUGUCCAUUCAGAUGGACACAGGCGGACACAGGUGGACACAGAAGGAUACCAAGUCACAAAAUUUUUAUAUUUCGCUUCACAAAUCUUUUUCCACAAAAUGGAUUUGUGAAGCGAAAUA